GUUGAUUUUUGCUCAGUAAACUAAAAAUACAUAACCAAAAAUUCUAACUCCUGACCGAUUCUGGUUUCUCACCUCCUUAAACCAAAUCCAAGAAAUUUCAUUUUCUCUCUUCCAAUCUCAUACGAUCUCUUUACUCGAGCUUUGAUACUUGCAAAGGCGUAAAUGAUGUGAUCUGUGAGAGGUAGGAGUGAGAUAUUGCAGAGAAAGAUAUGAGUUGCGGUUGUUUUGGUGGAUCAAUUGUUCACCGGAGACGGACCACUGCUCAGGCCACCGGCGGUAUAGACGAGCAAUUGCUUCGGAGAGUCAACCACUUCUCAUACAAUCAGUUAAGAACAGCCACAGAUGAUUUUCAUUCAAGCAAUAAAAUAGGACGUGGAGGGUUUGGAACUGUUUACAAGGGAGUUCUGAAAGAUGGAACUGAAGUUGCUGUGAAGACACUUGCUGCCCAAUCAAAGCAGGGAGUGCGUGAAUUUUUGACAGAGAUCAAUACUAUAUCAAAUGUCAAGCAUCCAAACCUUGUUGAGCUGAUCGGGUGCUGUGUUCAAGGAACAAGUCGGAUAUUGGUCUACGAGUACGUAGAAAAUAAGAGUCUUGAUAAAAUUUUGUUAGAUCAAAGGAUUACAAAUAUCAAAUUGGACUGGAGCAAAAGAUCUGCUAUUUGUAUGGGUAUUGCUAAGGGUCUUGCAUUUCUUCAUGAAGAACUUGUCCCGCGUAUAGUUCAUAGAGACAUCAAAUCUAGUAACAUACUUCUUGACAAAGACUUUAACCCAAAAAUUGGAGAUUUUGGGUUGGCUAAACUAUUUCCGGAUGAUAUCACUCACAUUAGCACCAGAAUAGCGGGAACAACUGGUUAUUUGGCCCCAGAAUAUGCUUUGGGUGGUCAGUUAACCAUGAAGGCUGAUGUUUAUAGUUAUGGUGUCCUUGUACUCGAAAUAAUUAGUGGCAGAAACAGCUCGAAGGCAAACUUGGGAGGAAUGGACAAGUUCCUCCUGGCAUGGGCAUGGCAACUUUAUGAAGAAGGUAAAUUCCUGGAGCUGGUGGAUCCUGAGCUUGGAGAAUUCCCAGAGGAAGCAGUUCUUAGGUAUAUUAAAGUAGCAUUUUUCUGCACCCAAGCAGCAGCCAACCGAAGGCCUCUAAUGAGCCAGGUUAUUGAAAUGCUAGCAAGAAACAUUCGGCUGAACGAGAAAGUACUCACGGCUCCAGGAUUCUUUCAAGACGGGGAGGCGUCUUCAAGUAAGAAGUCGAUCCAAUCAUCUGCUGAAUCCACCAGCUAUCAGAUAAGUUCUGUACCCGUCACAAUCACUCAUGUGACCCCCAGGUGAAGAUUCAAGUGUUUUUUUCCUCUUUUUGGCUGUAAAGUGUCGAUGACAAAGAGGGCAUAAUGUUGCAUUUUUUUUACAUAAAAAAAUGAUGUAAUUUGCAAU